AAUCGAGCAUUUUAGUAUCAAUCCAUACAGGGGUGUAAGUAAUUUUGCACAGCAAACUUGCUCUCUGAAUCAGAGCAAAAUAUCCACUAUGCGCUCACACGCGUAUGUCCCACUGUACUGCGGCAUAGUGGUCUGGUCUCUCAUCGUUCUUCGUCGGACAGUAACCAUCAGUUGUCUAGUUUACACGGUACGAUGAACAUCGCCGCCGCCGAGGCCAUCGCCGCCUCCGCCACUACGACCGUCGUCGAUACGUUAACGGUGAUACCACCCGCGGAUUGGCCCGAGCUACGCGACCUAUAUGUGGCCAACUGGCCCCACAAUCUGGUCGCUUAUCACACGGUCGACAACUUCAUCCAGUGGCAUCGGAGGGAUCCCAGCAUCCGGAAUCUGACGUUCUACAGCCUGAACGGCGAUUGGCGCAAGGACGGCACUUACGUGAUAGUGGAUCGCUAUCAGCUGUUUCUCUACACGCUUGCGGGCGCCGCCGCCGGCAGUGAUGUGCUGCAGCGGGCACUGCACCUGCUCGAUUGGAGCCAAGGGUUCAAAGUGAGCUCAUUCCUGGCGCGACACCGAAACGCAGUGAUAGACGUAAUCGAUGCCAAGGGCCUUCGCAAGGAGUAUGACAGCUGUACCUAUCUGUACUACAUGGCCCGGGAGGAGUCGGCCAGGCUGACGGUCGAGCUUCCCGAGGGAUUCCGGCUGGGCGAGUUGACGGCCGCCGAUGCAGCCAAGGCCGAUGCGGUGUGGCCCAAUCGGCACACGGGGUCGUUGUUCUUUCUGCAGAGGCUUGCCGCGUGGAACCCCAACGUGGGGCUGUACAAUGCCAGCGGAGAACUGGUUGCAUGGUGCUUUAGGCUUCAAGCUGGACCCCUUGGCGCCCUCCAAGUCGACGAAAAACAUCUGAAGAAAGGCUACGGCUCGAUAGUGACGGCGGCGAUGGCCAAGAAACUAGCCAUCCUCAAUCAGGACUGCUUCGCACUGGUCAACAACAGUAACAUUCCCUCCAAACGUAUGUUCGAGAAGUUGGGCUUCAGACACACGGACUUCGCGUACUGGCUGCGAACCUACCCGACGGUCCCUUUCCAGUGGAGCGACGAUUAGAUAUGAUAUGGGUGUUGGCUGUUGAUAGCAUGAGAUAAAGGUGCAUGUUAUAGCAAUAAAUUAGUCAAUUCGAUGCCAAAUCGCUGUUUCCGGACGCGAAGAAA